UCUUUGCCAACCUUCUCGUAGUGCCCGUGUUGUGUAGCGCUUCGAUAUCGCCAGCCGCCCGUGUUGUGUGUGUGUUUUAAUUUCCUGGUUUAUUCAUGAUUUUUUGUUAAUUUUAAUUUAGUGAACACAGUGACGAUACAAGUUGUAGGAGUCUUUUGCUAAAACGUGCAUGUCUUUAGCUGCAAGUUUCAUCGUCGCCUCGUAGAACGCAUAAGCAGCGCAGCAGCAGGAACUGCCAACAUGAGCAUACCCAACGAAUACAUUGCAAAAACGGAAGAUGUGGCUGAACAGGUUAUCAAGCGCGGCAAAAAUGUAUUGCCAACUGUUGCGCGACUCUGUCUCAUUGCCACCUUCUUCGAGGAUGGCCUGCGCAUGUAUUUCCAAUGGAACGAGCAGCGCGAAUAUAUGGACAUGAGCUGGGGAUGUGGCAAGUUUCUGGCAACCGUUUUUGUGCUGACCAAUCUGUUUGGACAGCUCGGUGGCUGCGGUAUGGUCAUGGCUAGAUUCAAGGUUGACAUUGCUGUCGGUCUGCUCUUCUUCAUUGUAGUACUACAGACAAUAGCCUACUCCAUUCUGUGGGACUUCCAGUUCUUGCUACGUAACUUUGCAUUGAUCGGCGCCCUGCUCCUUGUGCUUGCCGAGGCCAGAAUCGAAGGACGCAGUUUAUUUGCAGGCGUGCCAUCUCUGGGUGAUAAUAAACCCAAGAAUUUCAUGCAGUUGGCCGGCCGCAUUCUGUUGGCAUUCAUGUUCAUUACGCUAAUUCGUUUCGAAUUGAGUGUGUGGAAUGUUAUUCAGGAUAUUAUUGGCUCCACAUUGAUGGUUCUUGUUGUGCUUGGCUACAAGACAAAGUUGUCUGCGUUAAUUUUGGUCGCGUUACUGACUGUUCUCAAUCUGUACCAUAAUGCUUGGUGGACUAUUCCGUCGUACAAACCGCUCAGGGAUUUCUUGAAAUAUGACUUUUUCCAGACCCUAUCUGUUAUUGGUGGCUUACUCAUGAUUGUGUCCUUGGGCCCCGGUGGUGUCUCCAUGGAUGAGCACAAGAAGAAGUGGUAGAACUUCUAGAAAUCGCUAAAAACAAAAGAAUUGACUUUUAUUGCGAUUAAUUUUUACUGCAAAAGAUUUAGUUAGAAAUACCAUAAAAUGGAACAACAGGAGCAAAAGCACAACAACACAUAAAAUAAUUGACUUAUUGAUAAAAAAUAAUGAAAGGGACUUCCGCAAUAUCCAGGCUAAUCCAUUAUGGCCCACCAACAAACAUUCGCGCACGUUCAACGACAAACUUCGUAUACAUAUAAGACAUUUCGUUUUGUACAUAAAACAUGGCGAUUUAAUGCCUCUAAUGAGAGACAUUAACUGAUUUUAUAUUCAUUAUCUGUCCACCACCAACAUAUAAUUUUUGCAAUUUUUUUAUUUGUACUUUUUCGCCCUUCACAUAAGUUGUAAUAUUGUGGUUUGCGUUUGUUGUUUGACAGAAGUUCGAUUAUGAUAACGGUGUAUAAAAUAUGAUGAAUUGUACCAAUUGACGAUAAUUUGUUUCUUUCGUUUAUAAGCAAAAGUGUAAUAGAAUUUAAUUGUAACAUUUUAAUAAAGAAAAAAACAAGUAAAAAAUUUA